AUGAAAGUAGAAGAUUUUUCAAGUAGCAACCAGCCAAAUCCGGUUCAUUUUGUGGCAGAAUCACGGUAUUUAAAAACACAACCGUUUACCCAUCCAGAAGAUCAAAUUUUUACUGGUAAAGCAUGGGAAGAUUGGCUUGAAGGAAUAGAAAUAGAAUUCCGAAAUUUUAGAAUUACUGAUCCAAUAGAUAAGAAAGACGCCAUGAUUAUUUACGGUGGGAAAGAAAUUGCCAGAUUAGAUAAAAGUUUACCAAAUCAGGUUGCAGAUGAAGAACAACCAGCCCUCGAUGAUUAUAUGAAACUGAGAAAUAAAUGA